UGUGCGCGGUCAUACAUGUGCCGUGGACACGCGUGGCCGCCCGGGUGGCCGCCCCGAGCCGUUGCCAUGGCGACGUGAGCAGCAUCCGGCGGCCCCGGGGAUGCUCCCGCCUGCCCGGCCCUGGGCUGCCGCAGGGAUGGUGCCGGGGCGCCCCAUGGGGGCUCCCCCGCUGCCCCCCAGCGCCCUGCGCCUGCUCUGGGCGCUGCUGGUCCCGGUUGCGCUGCUCCGCGCCGAGCCCCGGCCCCGCUCCACCUUCCACAGCGGGGACCCCCGUCGGGCCCUGACCCACUUCAGCCAGGCCAACGUCUCGCACUACGACAUCUUCCUCCUGCGCGAGGAUGAGGAGGAGCUCUACGUGGGCGCACGGGACCGGGUGCUGGCCCUCGCCGUCGGUGCCACCGGCACCAUCCGCACCCGGGCCUCGGUAACGUGGGGCCCCACGGCUGACAAAGCCUCCCAGUGCGCUUUCAAGAAGAAGAGCCAAGAGACCGAGUGCUUCAACUUCAUCCGGGUGCUGGUACCCCUGAACCAGACCCACCUCUACGUGUGUGGGACCUACGCCUUCAGCCCCGCCUGCACCCACAUCCUCCUGGAGAACUUCACCCUGGUGGCCAGCAGCAGAGGACAACCCCUCCUGGAUGGGAAGGGCCAAUGCCCCUUCGACCCACAGCACACCUACACGGCCCUGCUGGUGGACGGGGAGCUCUACGCCGGCACCAUGAACAACUUCCAAGGCAACGAGCCCAUCAUCUCCCGCUCGCUGGGCAGCAGGACCCAGCUCAAGACGGACGCGUUCCUGCGCUGGCUUUCGGCCGACGCUGCCUUCGUGGCCUCCUUCAGCAUCCCCGGCGAUGACAAAGUCUACUUCUUCUUCGAGGAGAGCGCCGAGGAGUUCGACUUCUUCGAGCGGCUCCUGGUGGCGCGCGUGGCGAGGGUCUGCAAGAGCGACGUCGGGGGGGACAAGGUGCUGCAGAAGAAGUGGACCACGUUCCUCAAGGCGCAGCUGCUCUGCUCCCAACCCGGCCACUUCCCCUUCAACGUCAUCCAUCACGCCUUCGCCCUGCCUCGCCCGGGCGGCGCCGACAUCUACGCCGUCUUCACCUCGCAGUGGCAGGCGGGCAGGGAGGGCAGCGCCGCCGUCUGCGCCUACAGCCACGAGGCACUGCAGGAGGUCUUCGAGGGCAAGUACAAGGAGCUGAACAAGGAGAGCUCCCGCUGGACCGUCUACGGUGGCCCCGACGUGAGCCCCCGGCCCGGCAGCUGCUCCAUGGGUCCCUCCUCUGACAAAGCCCUCACCUUCAUGAAGGACCAUUUCCUCAUGGAUGGGACGGUGGCCCCCAGCCGGGGCCGCCCGCUGCUGGUGAGGACGGACGUCACCUACACCCGCAUCGCGGUGGAUGAGACCCGCGGCGCCUCGGGGACCAGCUACCGCCUCCUGUUCCUGGCCACCGCGGACGGGUUCCUGCACAAAGCCGUGGAGCUGCCCGGAGCUCCGCACAUCGUGGAGAGCAUCCAGCUCUUGGGAACGCCGGAGCCGGUGAAGAACCUCCUGUUGGCACCGGGGAAGGGCAUCCUCUACGUGGGUUACUCCGGUGGAGUCCUCCAGGUGCCGGUGGCCAACUGCAGCCUGCACCGGAGCUGUGCCGAGUGCGUGCUGGCGCGGGACCCCUAUUGCGGCUGGAACGGUGCUCAGGGCUCCUGCCAGCCCAUCCGCAGCGCCCAGGACACGAGCCAUUGGCUGCAGGACAUCGAAGCCGGGAACCCGGCCCCUUUGUGCCACCGCGGCCGGAGCGUGGCCAUGCCCCGCGCAUGGGGAGCACCAGAGACCCCCUCUGCAGAGAGGCUCAGCCCUCCUCUCAACGCCGUGGUCCGCUUGCCCUGUCCGCAUCCCUCGGCGCUGGCCACGUACCACUGGGAGCAUCCCGACGGUGCCCGCGGGGCCACGGCGCUGUUGCCCGGCCACACGCUCGUUGUGAUCAUGCAGAGGGGCACGGCGGGGACCUACAAGUGCCAGGCCAGCGAGAACGGGUACACAUGGACCGUGGCUCAUUACCAACUGCGGGAUCCCGGUGGGGAUGCUCCGCUCCCGGAUGGGCUGGCUGAGAGCGGGCUGCCCCGGGGCUCCGAGCCUGCUCCUCCCCGCUUGUAUUGGCCCGAGUUCGUCACCGUCACCGUGCUGCUGGUGGUGACCCUGGCCGCGGCCGCUUGCUUGGCUCUCGUUGCCUACCACGAUCAGCUCAAAGCCAAGAGCAAGGUGCGGGGGUGCAGCGCGCCCCAAACCCCCCCAAGGCAGCGAGGGGAGAAGGUGCCUCUCAAUGGGGGCACCGCGGAGCGCCCGGCACCCGGGGGUACCACGGAGGAGGAGGAGGAGGAGGAGGAGGAGGAAGGCUCCCACCCGUGCUGCGUGCAGCUCGAUGGGGACAUCGAUGCUGGUAACGACAGGCUCCGUGUCCCCGGCGUGACGGUGCCAUCGCAAUGAGAGGUUUUGGGGUGAAUGUGAAGGGUUUGG